CCUGCGCGGUCGGGUGGGAGUCCUCGAGAGCAUCGAGAGAAAGAGAGGGAAAAAAAGAGGGAGAGCGAGAGCGAGAGAGGCAGAGCACGAGAUCGGGCGCCGCUUAGAAACGAGCUGAGAGAGAGAGAGAGAGAGCGCGCACGCCACCCCCGGUAAAGAAAGAAGUGCGAAAGAGUGUCCAGUUUUGUUGUUGCAGUUGUUGUUGAUGUUUGUCACGGGCGCGCUUUGUUUUUGUUCGCGUUCGCGUUCGCUGCAAGAAAGAAGCAGCAGAUCGAGGCGAUCGAGAUCGUCCCGCCGUGGUGUGCCGUUGCCAUUGAUGCCUUAAAAGCCUGCCCGCCAGUGCGUACCGUGCGUCCGUACCGUGUGUGCGUGCGUGCGUGCUUAUGUGCGCGAUCGUUGUGCCGAGCGUGAGUAGAGAAUUCUCUUCCGAUUCCGCGUGUGUUGUGUUUUUUUUUUCUCGCCGCCCUCUGCGAGACGGUGUGCGAAAGGAGCACCUCCUUCAUUGUGUCCCGCGUGUCACGCACACACACACACACACGUGCGACCAGCAGGACAGACAGCGACGACGACGACGACGACGACAGUCAGCAGCAGCAGCAGCCACGAAAGAGAACAACGAGGGAGGGUGGAUCGCAUUCCAGAACGGACGACGCGGACACGAGAUACACUCCUCCCGUCUCUCUCGCUCCCUCCUCUCUCUCUCUCUCUCUCUCUUUUUCUCGCUCUCUUCCUUCCUUUCUCUCUUCCUACCGAGAACGCUGUUGUCGCUGUACAGCAGCCACACAAACCGAUCCUGACAGUUCGCUUGACUCACAGGCAGCGAAAGAGAGAGAGAGAGAGAGAGCUAGUGGAGAGCACAGAGAAAGAGAGAGAGAGCGAGCGAGCGAGCGAGAUGGUGCCGCGAGCCACGACGGCUGCUUCUGCACAAUGAAAUUCGCCGGCUGCAGCUGCUAGGCACAGCAAGGCCAGCGGGCUUGUUGUUGGUGGUUUGGCCACCGGCGUGAAUAGCCUCAACCCUCACCGACACAUACGCGCGCGCGCACAGCCUCAUACGCCACCGAAACCGUGCGGAACACAAGAGGGCAUGAUAAUGUUACUGCAAAAUGAAGCGCACUCCAUUGGGAGGUCAUAUGGCCUCUCAGCAGCACCAGCACCAGCACCAGGUCUACCACCAGCAGCAGCAGCAGCAGCAUUACCAGUUCCAGCAGGACGAGCAAGACAUACGAAGGAAGCUCAAACCGUCGUCACCGCAGCACCAAGCAACCAAGCAGCAUCAAGCAUCAUCAUCGCCAACGUCGCAGUCGUGUGCCAAUGUGAACUGUAGUAGAGUGAGCAGCAGUAGCAGCAUCAGCAGCAUCAGCAGCAGCAGCAGUAGAAGCAGAAACAGAAGCAGAAGCAGGUGCAGGAGCAGAAACAAUAGCAGCCACAGUAGCAGCAGCAGCAGCAGCAGCAGCAGCAAUAAUAAGCCCUCAACAUCGCCAUCAUCAAUCUACUCAUCCACAUCAGUAUCGUCCUCCUCUACAUCGACGUCAUCCGGAGCUUCCGGAAUCCGACAACCGGAAGAACCGGCAGCAGCACUAACGGAAGCAGCACCAAAAAGAAGCGGCAUGCAUCGGCACCGGAAAAAGGAUCGACUCGAUCGGGCAGCGGCCGCAGCAGCAGCAGCAGCAGCAGCUGCUGGAUCAGUGCCACCAACCCUACCGAAGUACAUGUACUCCGGUUCCGGCACCACCGGCCCCGCGCUCACACCCAUCUCCAACGAGAACCUCUAUCAACCGUGCUUCGGUACCGGCGGACCGCCAACCGUGCGGACCGAGCAACCGGAACCACCGCUGUCGGUCCCCGAUGGUGGCUGCUGUCCGGCGCAGCCACCCUCGAUCCACCACCCGCGGAUGCAUAUCCUCGGGACGGUGGCACCGAGCAGCACCCACACUACCGGUUGCUAUCCCGAAGCCGAUCCCGAUAGCAUCGAGGUGUACCGGGAUCAACAGCAGCAGCAGCAACAAAAUCCGGAUCUACACCUGGCAGCGGACGAUCGGCACGUUCCCGGGCAUCUGCAUUUCAGCAAAUGGAGCGGCAGUAACAGUGCCAGUGGUCCACUGCCCGUCAGCUCACCGCACGGCAGCAGUGUUGGAGCAACAGCAGCAGCAGCAGCAGCAGCAGCAGCAGCGGCGGCCGCCGAAUACUCGUAUGCCUACUGCGAACCAAUACUACUGCAGCGACCGCCCGUUCCGGCCAGCCAGCACCAGCAGCAGGCACCGGAUGCCGGUGGUGCCGCACUGGUGGAACCGCUGGUACAGCCAGCACACUCCCCACCACCGCCGUCCCUUUCAUCGUCCGGCUCCUCGUACUGUGUGCCAAUGUACGCACAGCAGCAGCAGCAGCAAUUGCGACGAACCCACACACACCACCAGCAUCAACCACCGCCACCGCUGCCUUCACUGAAAUCGUCCCUGCCAGCCCAGCUCCAGCAGCUCGGGGCCAACCCGGCCACCGGCACCGUCUUUCAUCAUGGCCUUCGGUCACACCAGCAACAGCAACAGCACCCGUACCAGUACCAUCUGCCUGCCACCGCCACCAACAACGCUCAACACAUGACGACGCACCAUCACCAUCACCAUCACCAUCACAACUAUACGCUACCGGCCAACGGUGGCGGUGGCGGUGGCAGUAAAGCGCUAACCACCGGUGGCGCGUCCGCGACCACGACCGGUUCAUUGCGUGCCUUAUUCACCAACAUCUUCCGUAAAUCGUCCUCCUCGACGCAGGCGACCACGACGGCGGGACGGGCAGCAAGGCAGCAGCAGCAGCAGCAGCAACAGCAGCAGAUGGCUCCGGGCACACCGAGCGAUCCAAUGAUCGGUACCGCCUCGCUCGGUCCACUCCCACUGAUGCCGUUUAUGGCGGGGGUGCCCGCAGGUGCGGGACCACCGCUGGGACCGACAACCGAGCGCCACUCGUUCACCACCUGCUACGGCACGAAGGAGAACAUCUACGAGGACAUUGGUUCGCAUUCGGGGUUCACACAAGGGCCGGGCGGAACGGCGAUACCACUAGGUCCCUCCGCGUCCACCUGCUCGGCUAUACACUCGCCCACCACCACUACCAACACCACCGCCGGUACGACGACCACCAGCACCGUUGGUGCACCGAGAACCGACGGCGCCAUCGACGGAACGGACGAGGUGCCCGUACCCGAACCAUCGGCAGUCGAUGGAACGACCGGUCCCGGUCCUAUCGCCCUCGCGCUCGACACAUCCUCGACUACUACGGCUACCGCGUCGGCAGCGAGCGAACCGGCGGGCAUCCCGGCCGGUACCCUGUUCAAUCUGUCCGCCGAAUGGCGCCAGGUGCAGCUGCAGCACGAACGGAUCAUUGGUGAGCUCAACCUGUCGGUCGAGCGGCUCAUUAUGCCGUCGUACGAUGAGCAGCAGCAGCACUUGCAGCACCAUGGCAUCGACCAGCCGGAUCGAACGGACGGGCACGUUACUGGACUGCAUCUCGGUGAGGUGUUGAUUCAUGCUCCGCCGGGGCCGGUCGCGGUUCAACCACCGGUGUGCUGUGGUGUCAGUGAUCCGGCCGAUGGUGGUAAACCGGGAGGCACGGUCCAUCCACUCACCGGCCUUUCGAUGAACCAUUCACGACCGCCAAGACGCCAUGGUGGUGGUGGAGGAGGAACGCAUGUGAUGCAGCUAUCGAUCGCCAACUCGCCACCGGCGAUGCAAACGGAGCGCCACUCGCCCACGAUCUCGUACGGCAAAUCGUACGGUGACGUGGACAGUGGCAUCAGCAGCAGCAGCACCAGCGGUACCAGCUACUCCAGCAGUAUCCUCUACCGCAGCAUCACCAACUACCACCAGCAGGGUGGCAAACAGGAUCUGGGCGCCAUGAUGAUUGGUCAGCAACAGCACCAGCACCAGCCCCUGCAGCAGCAGCAACAGAGCGGUCGGAAGCCGAUCUUGUUCGGGCUGAGGACAACCGGUGGUGGGCGAACCAGCAGCGCAUCCGGUGACAGCUGUCGCUCCCAGCUGGGGCUGAUGAGCGGUGACAGGGCACUCACGCAGGGGAGUGCGGUAACCACGAGCCCGGUUCGGACCGGUGGUGGUGGUGUUACCAAUGCGCCCGAUCCACCGCCCCCACCAGAUGACGAUGAGCUGUUGGGUGUGAGUAGCAGACCGUCCGAUACGUGCCACGAGUGUCACCUUCACCUGCACCAACCACCCCUGCACCACCCUUACGCACCGCUGCAUCUGGAUCAUCGGUUGCUGCCGGUUGCGACUACCUCCCGCCGUACGCUAGCCACCUGCUGCUUCUUUCCCCCCGACAGCACCAACGUUACCCAUCAGCAGCAACAGCAGCAGCAGCGUGCAGUAGCAGCAGCAGCAGCAGCAACUACCAAUAAUGGUGCCACUAGCGGUGGUACCACCGGUGGCAUCAGCAGCAGCACCGGUGGCAACAACUUCUGGAACCGUUUCCGUAAGCUGCGACAGACGGCAACCGGGCUGUUCCAGGGUGGCAACGAGCUCAGCAGCAGCACCCUUAGCAGCCCUUCGGGCGAGUGCAUUGAUGUGGCGUUGGAUGAGCGGUUCGAGAUGGAAGAGGACCACCAGCAUCACCAUCGUCACCAUCACCAGCAGCGUCAUCAUCAGCAGCAUCGGCUGGUGCCAUCAGGCUGGACACUGCGGGCACCGCGUUCUGCCCAACAGCAACAACAGUACCAGCAUCUGCACCAACAGCAACAAUACCACCAUCAGCACUACCAUCACCACUCGCCUUCACCGCCGCAGCAGCAGCAGCAACAACAACAACAGCAACAAGAGCAACAGCAGCACGAGCACGACGGUCACCAGUACGGCGGUACGGCACCGAGCCUGGCCGAGUUGCUGCAGGGAGCACAACAUGCGGCCGUUUCGGCGCUCCAACCUGUCGCUGGUUACGGUGCAACCCCCACCGACGACGGGUUGAUGGCGACUUCCGCCACGGUACGGAACGUCGAGCAGCAGCAGCAGCAGCAGCAGCAAACCCAACGCAUCCAAAGUACUUCUGCUACGACUGCUGCUCGUGGUGGUGGUGAUGGUGAGCAACAGCAACGCUCGCCUUCGCUAUCGCGCUCGUCAUCAUCGUCACCCUCGACGAUCACCUCUGCCUCGGCGUCGCCCUCGUCACCCUCCUCACCGGUGUCUUCGUCCUCGUCAGCGGCCAAGAUCGUGAACCCCCCCGUGCCAAGCAGUCACGCCUGAUGGCGGUGUGAUGAUGGUGAUGAUCGUCUUCGAAAAGCGGAAUCGUCGUCCAGGGCGAUGGCUUCCGGGCAAUGGCAAAAACCAGCCCAUUGAAUCCCUUGAAUAUGAGUGCCAACAACAUGACUACAACUCUAUCUCUCUCUCUCUCUCUCUCUCUCUUUCUCUGUUUAUAGGAUAGUAGACAGUACAGUUCGCACAAAAAGCGAAAUCGUGAGCAGCAUCACCGGGAUAUCCGUUUUAAGAUUUAUUUUUUCUUAUAUUUAUACAUCAUAUAUAUACAAAACCACACACAUAUAUACACACGUCAGCGAUGCGCGGUCUUUCAAUGUUAUUCGGCGGGGGGGGGGAAAAAAACAUGAGUUCAAAACGACGGUGCUCUGCCUAAAAUACCGGCAGAACUGCGUUGAAGAAGUACUGCUAGAGAGCAAAGGCCAAUGGCUGGAACGAGUACGGAAAACAGGAAAUCUAUUUAGAGCCUAGUAAAUUUAGCGAGAAUAAUGUCGUUUAGUCGUAGGAGUUUUAGAAAUAAUGAGAGUAAAACUAGAAGAACAAACACACGAUUACUGUGAUCUGGCGCAGCGUUUCAAGAGUAACACUUAAUAUUAUCAUUAUUAAUAUUAUUAUUAUUAUUAUUCAUAUUAUAAUAAUUAUUAUUAUUACUAACGUAUGAGUAGUAAACGCUAGAAUGAAAAGAAACAAAUGGAUGUAUGAGUAGUAAUGGUAGAAUGGAAUGAACAAAAUGAGUAGCAAUUACUGGUAUAGGUACCUAGAGCGAUACGAAAACAGGCAGCCGUGCAUAUGCAGCACUGCAUUUACGUAACCGUAGGCGCAGGAGUGUGGUGUGAAACGAAAGCAGGUACAGGACAGCUGGUCCAGCAGCCCGUGCUAUGAUAUACUAGAGCUGCUUAAACAACCCGACCAGCCCUGAUGUAGCUACCUGGACGAAAGAAAAAAAAAACACAAGUAGAGAGCAUGUAGCAUGCACAGUACAGUUAACAGUGGGUUCGAAAUGGUUAGAAAUACAGGAACAAGCUCCAAUCCCUCUCCUCAUCCUCCUCCAUCCAUAUCCCUUUACACGAUUUUACGCAUUUUAGUGAAUGGUAACCACUACUACUCCAUCCGCGCCAAGCAGCGUCCAGUCAUGUCGAGACAACGAGAGUAGAGACCAGCGUGAUUUGCUGGUCGGCGAUUAAACCCUUGCUCACGUCAGCCACGUAAAGAGUAUGGGCGUGAGCGGGGUACGCAUCCUCGGCAACGGACUCCGAUCCGAUAACGCAUAGCAUUUAAGCCAAUUGUGCGGGAGCAAGAAAUAAACAUUUAAGACAUGCGUGCGAUACAAUUAUACACCAGGCAAAACAAACACCGGUAAAGCGUUUCAAUUGAUGGAUAAUCUCACCAAACACUGCCUUUCCACAGCAUGAAGUAUUUUUUUUCGGAAAAAAUAGACAACAAACAAAUGCCAUCGUCU